CCUAUUAUAGUUAGUUUCGAGUAUAAUUUAGAUUAAACCAUCUAAUGAUUUUCCCAUUUCUUUUGCUCGGCCCUAAAAGUUAGCAAUAUUUAGAAUUAUUGCAUAAUUUAAUAUUACAAUUAAAACAAAAAUAAUGAGGCUGACAUACCUAUUUUCUACAGGGACCGAGAACAUGGAUGCUAUUAUAGGGACAAUCACUCAAAUUCUGCAGCUUGCAGGGCCUCAGUUAUGCAGAUAUGUUCAAUAUUAUAGGAAGCUUAAUGAGAAUAUGAAAAUUCUCAAAAGAAGAUUGACAGAUUUAAAUAGUCAAAAAGAAGAUAUUGAGCUAAGGUUGAAAGCAGAGUGUCAUAUGGAGAAAUUACCUAGAGCUGAAGUCAAUCAUUGGUUGAAAAUUACACAAAUGAUAAAUGAUGAAGCAGAAUAUAUUGAGAGACAAGUUAAAAAGGGAAAAUUCUUGUCAAAUGUACUUUCCGGGAAGGCUAUUGUCGAAAAGAUUGAAGAAGUGAAAGCACAUUACCAGCGUGGUGCGUUUGAGAGCUUUGUAAUUGAUGCACCUCCGGCUCCUGGAGUGAUACUACCAACAACACCAUUAGUUGGUGAGAUAACUGCAAAGAAAGCCAUGAAUGAGGUUUUGGAAUUUUUGAUGGGUCAUGAGGUGAUGAAGAUAGGAGUUUGCGGGAUGGGUGGAGUUGGUAAAACAACUAUCAUAACUCAUAUCAACAACAAACUCCUCACGGAGGUGGAUAUGUUUGAAUAUGUGAUUUGGAUCACUGUAUUUCAGCCACUUGAUCUUAUGAAAUUGCAAGAUCAAAUUGUUGCUGCGUUGAAAGAAAAUCUUCCUAAAGAUGAAGAUAAAAGGAUACGAGCUGGUAACUUGUUAAAAAUAUUGAACGGAAAGAAGAUUGUGUUAAUAUUGGAUGAUGUGUGGGACGCAUUUCAGCUUGAGGAAGUGGGAAUUCCAGAACCUACAAAAGACAAUGGAUGCAAAUUAGUGAUAACAACUCGUUCACAAUAUGUAUGUCGUUCCAUGGGUUGCAAAAUAGUCCAGGUGAGGACUCUCCCAGAGGACGAGGCAUUAAAGUUAUUUGUUGAUAAAGCGGGAUUAAAUUUUUCAGAAGUUCCAAUUUUAUUGGACCUUGUGAAACCUGUGGUCGAACGAUGUGAUGGUUUACCCUUAGCAAUCGUUGCAGUAGCCAGUUGUAUGAGAGAAGAAUAUGAUGCUUGUGAAUGGAGGAAUGCAUUCAAAGAAUUGUGUAAAAGCAUGCAAAGUGUCAGAGGCAUGGAAACAGAUGUACCGAAAAUAUUACAAUUCAGUUAUGAUCGUUUGAAGAGUAAAGAGGUGCAACAUUGUUUCUUAUAUUGUGCGCUCUAUCCUGAAGACUUUAAAAUCCCAAAAGAGGAGCUGAUACUUUAUUGGACUGCGGAAGGACUAUUAGAUGACAAGGGUAGUAUGCAAGAAACAAAUGAUGCGGGUUAUUCUAUAUUGAAUAGAUUUGUAAACAAUUGUUUGUUGGAGAUUGCAGAUAAUGGAAGAUGUGUAAAAAUGCAUGAUCUUGUGAGAGACAUGGCAUUGCAGAUUACAAACAACAAUUAUUUGUUCAUGAUAAAACCCGGAAAGAGAUUGAGAGAAUUACCAGGGGAGGAAGAAUGGAAAGAGAAUCUUGAGAAAGUUUCUUUAAUGGAGAAUCACAUAACAGGAAUUCCUUCACAUAUGUCCCCAAACUGUCAAGCUCUUUCCAUUUUGUUGCUACAAGGAAACCCCUUACAAGUCAUUCCUGAAGUGUUCUUUGUAAACAUGCCUAGUUUGAAGAUUCUCGAUCUUUCUUACACAGAGAUUGAAAACUUGCCAAAUUCCAUCUCCAACUUGAAGAAUCUGAAAGCAUUGUUGCUUAAUCAUUGCAAACAAUUAACAAAGCUUCCUUCUUUAGAGAACCUUUUGGCACUUAAAAAUUUGGACCUUGGGUUUACAAAGAUACCUGGUAUGCCGGAAGGCAUUGAAAGGCUGACAAAGCUUAUAAGUCUUGAUCUUUAUGUACCUGUACCAGUUGUGUUGCCAACUGUAAUGCUUCAUACACACCGUCGUCUCCAAAAAUUGAGAAUAUAUUAUGGAUCAAUGAAUUCUGAACCAGUAUUAACAUCAGAAGAGGCAAUUAUAUUCAGUCGACUGGAUACUUUUGAAGCGUUCUUUGUUUGUUUUUAUGACUUCAACAGGUAUGUACUAUCCUUAGAUGGUCAGACACCAGAAAGUUACCGUCUCGUGGUGGGAUCUAAACUCGAUUCUUUGGUAAAAUAUGAUGCUUUCUUCCCAGUUGUAGAAGGCAUUAAUAAAUUUGUAACGUUACAUACAGUAGGUAAAGGAAAAGAUCUGGUUGUGCUCCCAACAGACGUUCAGUGUCUAAUGAUGAGUCGGUGUGACGAAAUAAGUGAUAUUAAGUAUCCAAUGCGAGGUAAUUAUCCCAAUCUUAAAUUUCUGUACUUGAGGUCUUGCCGAAAUUUAAAGAAGUUGGUCUCACCAAAGUUGUUGUCGGCUCUACAAAACUUGGAAGUGAUUGAAGUUAACGACUCUAAUGAAAUAGAGGAGAUAAUAGCAUAUGAUGAAGAUGAAAAGGAACAAGAAAGUAGUGGUAGCACCAUAUUCGUUCUUCCUAAAUUGAGAGAAAUGCGUCUGAAAUCCCUUAAAAAGUUGAAGAGGAUCUGUGGUGGUAAUGGAGUACUGGUUUGUGAAUCUCUCCAACAAAUUGAGAUAUCAUGGUGUGGAGAAUUGGAGAGGUUCCCUAUGUCUCUUCCCUUGCCUGCAAUUAAACAAAUUAGGGUAGAGAUAGACUGGUGGGAAUCAUUGGAGUGGGACAAUCCUAAUGCAAAAGCUUCCCUACAACCCUUCUGUAUCUUCAUCCCCUUCUGGCGGGGUUUCUCUGUGAAGCGGGAUACCUCUCUGAAGCGAAGACAAUAAGUGGAAGGCUACCAUGUGGAAGUAUGGAUUUAUUAUCUUCCUCGUCCUGUAAAUGAUAAUGGCAUCAAGAAUUUGGCGUGUGUUAAGUUAAUCAUGUAAAUAUUUGAAUUUUUCUGUAAUUGUUGUUUGUGAUUUGAUAAAUAAUAAA